AUGCGUCGUAUCAACAAUAGCCGUAUCAACAAUAGCCCCACGGGAACGACUUCCAUCACAGAAGCCAUCAUCAACAUGAAGACUGAAAACGACCACAUCAACCUAAAGGUUGCGGGUCAAGAUGGGUCAGUAGUCCAGUUCAAAAUUAAACGGCAUACUCCGCUCAGCAAGCUGAUGAAGGCGUACUGCGAAAGACAGGGUUUGUCAAUUAGACAGAUACGGUUUAGAUUUGACGGACAGCCAAUCAACGAGACCGACACACCUGCACAGCUUGAGAUGGAAGACGAGGAUACCAUUGAUGUAUUUCAACAACAGACCGGAGGAGGGUCCUUCCUCUCGGAGGCUUCUCUUAAAGGUGUAUGGACCCCUCGGAGGCUCCUUCCUCUCUGA